GCACAACAGCCAACCUCGAGUCGCGCAGCGCGCACGCUGCGCGGCGAGUUCCUCAGAGGCUGCCUCGCGCGGUCCCAUCCACACAACACCCAACGAGCACCCGCGCGCCGCCGCGACGGCAUCGCGCACGACACCGACGGUCGACCUCCACAGAUGGCUGCUACGACCUCGGCCGUCGCGGCGCACGCCGCCGCCACGGCCGACGCAACGGAGGAACAGGAAGAGAAGGCGCAGGACCCGCCUCCGCUCUCGCGCCAGCAGAGCUUCCUCCAGGGCGUGCCGCACUCGCCCCAAGGCGGCUGCUGCGCGCUGCUCCUCGACUCGCACGCGGUCUACCACGGGCUGGAAGACGAUCCGGAUGAACCUACAUACAUACCGACAUCCCUAGCCCAGAAGCUCUUUCUGAUCCUCGAGGAUCCAAACUACAAUUGUACGGCGCAACUGGUGUCUAUCGUGAUACUGUUACUGAUCGUGCUAGGAUGUAUCACGUAUGUGAUGGAGUCGAUGAGGGCGUUCCAGUACGUGAAGGAUCGGUGCGAUCGGAUGGACCCGAAGGCUGGUGAUUGUGAACCGGUAGCAAAGCCCAUCUUUUUCAGGAUCGAAGCCGUGUGUAUUGGCGUGUUUACGGUCGAGUACGUCCUACGAAUUGUUUUAGUUGGCAUAGUGCCAGAACAGUGCUGGAACCCGACGUCGAAGCAAGAGCGGCCUAGGUGGAAACGGUUGAGGGCGUACGCGCUGCAGCCGAUGAACGUCGUGGAUCUCGUGGCCAUCUUGCCCUUCUACAUCGGGUUGUUCGAUCUUGGGGGAGGCGGUUUUGGGGUGUUGCGUAUAGUGCGUCUCGCGCGAGCGCUGCGGAUGGCUCGCUCACCUAAAGUGGCGGGGUCAGUAGCCGUCUUCGGCAAGGCCAUGUACGCUUCCAGUCCAGCUCUUGGUAUAUUGUUCUUCUUCAGCAUGAUGGCCUUCGUGCUGGCCGGGUCGAUAAUCUUUAUGUUCGAACGCGGGCACUUCAGUACGGAUGAGGCCUAUCGAGAUUUGUGUCGGAGAUCAGAGCACGACUACACGCCGCAUGGCUGUUAUCUGCGGCAAACGACGGACGGCCUGCAGAUGGAGGCGUCGCCAUAUGUAAACAUACCUAUCAGUAUGUACUGGGUGGUCGUCACAAUGACGACCACGGGCUAUGGCGAUUUAUAUCCUACGUCGACCGGUGGCAGAAUCAUUUCCAUCCUCGUCGUCUACAUGGGCAUCAUCGCCAUCGCGUUGCCCAUUACCGUAAUUGGGACGAAUUUCACGCGGGAGUACGACGCGUACCGCGAGAUGGAACGGCGGCUCGCGGAGAAGAAGAAGCUGCGGUGGAAGGCUUCUUUGAGAAGGGUCGUGAAGAAUACCCCGGGGGGAAAGGGCAAGGUCGGCGCGGCGCCGAGUCCGCCGGCGAAGAACCCCGAUAAAGAACUGCUCGAGCAGCUGCGGAGCACGCUGCACCAGCAAAAACUGGGCCUCGAGGAGAUCAGCGCGAAGGUCGAGGGCAUCGCGGCGCGCGUGCUUAAGACGUAGAAGAC